AUGUUGUUUUUGAAAACUUAUUCUGAGGGAUAUUUUUUAAAACCAGAUUUGCCUGCUCUCAUGCCCUCUGUUUUAUUUUUAAACACCCUCUGGCUAACUGUAACUUGCCCUUACCUUGUGCAAUGAGGGAACUAAUCUAUCACAGUCUGUCUUUGCCUUUUCCCAGAUUUCAGCCACAAUCCAAGCAGAGUCCAGAUAAAUGUAGUUCUGUCAGAGACAUCUUCAGCAGGACACAGUGAAGAGAGCCAGCAACAAAUGACAAGUUUCGUAGUUGGGACUUAGGUGAAGAAAGAAAAUGAGAGCUUUGAUUUCUGUCAGUCUUUGCCUGCUUGGCAUCUUCAUGAGAGCCACAGAAGCCGAUACUUGCCCAAGGGAAUGGCUACAAUACCAGGGCAACUGCUAUGGGUUUUUCCACAAGUUGUUGAGUUGGCACGAAGCUGAAAUUGACUGCCAAAGCUAUGGCCGUGGGACUCACCUUGCAUCUAUACUCACUCCGACAGAAACCCUCAUUGUGUCCAAGUACAUCUCUGCUUACAAGAAAGAAAAACACGUGGAUGUCUGGAUUGGACUCCAUGACACUCGCCAUACUGGGAUCUGGAGGUGGUCCGAUGAAUCAACAUAUAACUACAACAACUGGAUGCGGCGGGAACCCAACAAUCUGUGGAAAUCUGAAUACUGUGUAGCCCUGAGAGCCUCAACAGAACACAAAGGAUGGAUUGACGCUGUUUGCAAGAAACCGAAAGCAUACAUGUGCAAACAUGAACUCUAGAGAGAGAUGUAGUUUUAAAAGGCCAUUUUGCACACAUCACAAAACCCCAAACUUUCCUAAACAAGGCAAGGUGGCCUAGUAGUUUGGGAUCAACCUGCAAAGAGGUUCUCAUUCACCCUGAAGCUACAAUAAAAACAGGAAGGAGCACACGUUUCCCCACAACCUUGUAAGAAACUUUAGCUCAUCUCUCAAAAUAGCUUCAAUAUUCAACCACAAGGAUAAAAUUUCUGUCCUGUGCAUAACAUGCAAAUUGGCAUAUAUAACAUUCACAACAGUGUUGUUUGGAACAGAGAAAUACAUAGUGCUACGUACUAGUAACAAUUAACAGAUUUGAUAGCAUUGUGCUUGGAAAAAUGGGAGCUGAACUAGAGGAUCCUUUGGGUGUGCUUCUGGAGAAUACUUUAGAGAUUUGAAAGCAUAACAUACACACAGAGAGGCAUGUUAUACGUUAUGUUAUUUGAGAGACCCAAAUUUAAAACCUAGGACAAGCAGCUGCUUAUGAUAAAAAAAAAACUAAAAAGAAAAAUAUACAUUUUAGAUAGAAUUGGAAUUCCUUUCUCCAAGACUGAUAGAAACCAUCUUAAAAACACACUGCCAGAAGAUUACAAAAAUAUAAUAAUAUCUAAAUGAAAGAGCAUAUUUUAUGUAGUAAUAGUGACAUGUAAUUUUAUGUUAAUUUCUUGCUAUCUGGAAAUUGUUCUGAUGAGUAUGCAUAGUGCAGUUUGUUCUAUAUUAUGUGAUGCUGUCUUCACAUUGUUUUUCAUAGCCAGUCACAAGAGUUUUAGAUAAAUACACAAGGUUAUAAAGUCCUGUUCAGAUUAACAUGCUUUAGAAAAACUGGACUUAAGGGAACUGUUGUUCUCCCUUCUUCAGACUGCUAAAAUUAAAGGCGAUGAUUGAUU